AUGGAGUACAACGACACCCUACUCAUACCAGGUCAACGCAUACGUCCGCCCAUGACCGAGGAGAUGGCGGUUGCCCUAUCGGAACAGCUCUAUGGCAUGAGGGUGAUGAGCGUGCGCGAAUUAAAUGCUUAUGAUGACCGUAACUAUCACGUGCUAUGCGACGAGACCCAUGCGAAUCCGCAUGUUAUUAGCACGGAGAAAGCCGGUUAUGUCCUCAAGGUGACCAACUCUUUGGAUUCUCGGAAGAUUGACGUGCUGGAAGCGCAGACUGAAUUAAUGAUUUUUCUUAAUCAGCAUAACAUUUGUUGUCCGUUACCAAUCAGGAACGUUAGCGGUGCCUACUUUUCCCUGGAAAAUCUAAGAAGCAAUAACACUAUGGAAAAAUACGCCGUAAGAUUAAUGAUCUACCGUCCCGGUGAACUUCUAUAUAAUAUGAAGAUGACAGAUAAACUGUUGCACAAGGUCGGAAAUUUUACCGCCAAAAUAGAUGAGAUCCUCGUGGGUUUCAAUCAUCCCGCCUAUGAUAAUCACAAAACAUUGUGGAUGUUGACUUCAGUGCCUCGAAUUCAACAAUUCACGUAUGCAAUCAAGAGCUCACUGGAUAAGCAACUAGUACAUGACGUGAUCAUCACCUUCCAGAAAGAAGUACUGCCAAUCAUGGACCGACUGGAGCAAGGGAUUAUACAUGGCGACCUGAACGAACAUAACAUCAUUAUGAGUCCCGAUGGCGAGGAUAUUGUCGCCGUGAUCGAUUUCGGAGAUUGUCACAGAACUUGUCGCAUUUUCGAGUUGGCUAUAGUCCUCUGUUACAUGAUCUUGCAAUCGACCAACGUAGGAAUGGGCAGACACGUCAUAGAGGGUUACGAGAAGAUAAGAAAGUUGACCAAUGUGGAGAAGAAAAUUCUCAAGAUCAGCGUAUGCGCUAGGAUGUGUCAGAGUUUAGUAAUGGGUGCUUACUCGUAUUUGCAUGAACCCGAAAAUCUAUAUUUGCUAAACACGCAGAAAACUGGAUGGACAUUAUUGAAGAGAUUGUGGCCCAUGAGCCAAAAGGACGUAAUGCAAGCCUGGGGAUUAGCCAUUCCCUAAACACACACGAGCGAUACUGAUCUUUUUGAUAAAUUAUGCAAUAACACAUUAAUAGAGAUUGCAACGAUUGGUUGUGCGCCACAUUUUUGUAUAAAUGUUUUAAUUCAUUCAAAUCUAGACUUUUAGACAACAUUUUUAUGAACGAAAUGAUGGGACAUGAUUUAAGAGAUAAAGUUAUAAAUAUUAGUAAAUUAAAUCGGUAAAACUAAAUUUCGAAUAAUAUGUUUAGUAUAACAUUUAACAUAUUUUUAAUUCUCAUUAAAUAAUUUUUUAAUAUGAUAUAUCAACGUGAUAGAUAUUGGUUUUAAGAAUGUUAAAUUAUAAUCUUUUUCCAAUUCUAUUUUAUGAAUAAUCCGCUUCAAAAAUAUUAUUGUGAUUCAAUUCGUAGAGUUUUGUAUUUAUUUAAUAUCUUAUUUCUUAAUUAUGAUAAACAAAGAACGACAAAUUUAUAUAAAAACUGCUCUCCAACUUUUUAAAAUGUAUAUUUUAUGUAUUUCCAGACGUAAAAACUGAUCUCGAAUAAUGUGUGACACUCAAAAGAAAACAAAAAAAAAAAGAGCGAUAAAUUUUUCGAGCAGAUUUCUAUGGCCCGAAAUACAUAAGAUAUGAGUCUUAAAAACAUUGGCAAGAAGACUUUUUACAUAAUAAACAUUUAUUAUUUCAUUAA